UUUUUGGAAAUUUCUCUCAAGCAGAUUUCCAAUGGUUUAUAAAUCAGCAUGGAAGGACCAACCCGAUAUAAUCUCAAAUGGAAAAGUCAUCAUUCAGAAUCAUUCCAUGCAUUUGAAGUACUUCGUGCACAAGAGGCUCUUGUUGAUGUCACUCUCUCCUCUGGUGGGCAAUUAUUAAAAGCCCACAAGAUCAUCCUUUCUGCAGGGAGUGGAUACUUUGAACGAAUAUUUCAACAUGCCAUCCCUCAAUACCCAGUUGCAUUCCACAUACCUAUUAUUCAUUUCCAUGGCAUACCUCCUGAGCUAUUGGUGCUCCUGUUGGACUUCUUGUAUAAUGGUGAGGUCAAUGUGCCAAUAGAGCAUCUGGAAGAAUUUGUUUGCUUUGCUGAAAGCCUUGAAGUCAGAGGUUUGACAAUGGAAGCCUUGCUUGCUAAAGAGGAGAACCUAGCCUCUGUCAUGCAACAACAGAUGAAGAAGCGAAACAAAGAAUGUGUUACUUCAACAUUGAGACCAAUUCCUAUUCCACAUGCCUUAACUUCAAAUUCACCUGAUACAUCAUGUCAGAAUGGAAGAGAUCAUGGUGAAACAGCACCUGUUACUAAGAGGACGAAGUGUCCAAAGGCAGAACAGGCACCAAAUUCUAAGCUUUCAAAGAAAUGUAAAUUGUCUGACCCCACUGAAGUGCAAAAAGAUGUUACAAAGACUACUAAGGAAGAGUCCACUGGAGAUGGAGAUUCAGAGGUGCAACAUGAAUUAAAGGCACGAGUUAUACAGGACAUGAAGGAAGAAACACAGAAUGGAGAAAUUGAAGAUGCUGCCUGUGAUUCAGAUGAAGAACAAAUGCUUGAAACUGAAGAUGAAAAAGAGGAUGAGCACCAAAUGAUGGCUUGGGUUGUUGCAAAUCCAGAAAUUGUGAUGGAGGAGGCAACAGAUGCUGUCCAAUCAACAAAUCAAGAUGACAUACUAAAAGAAACUCUCUCACCUAUACAGCCGAGGCCCAAUGCAAAGACGGCACCAGACAAGAGGGGAAUAUGGACCUACGAAGAACAUGGCUACAAAAUCUUCUGCUGCAUGCAUUGCAGCUAUCAGACAGAACGUCGCUCAGCUGCAGUACGUCAUAUGGUUGUCCACAGUCAAGAGAAACCCUUCGCCUGUGAUCAGUGCCACAAGAACUUCAAGAGGAGGCACCACCUGCAGAGACAUGCUCGACAGUGUCAUUCCCAUGAGAGCAAGGGUAUAGGAUUGAUGCCUCAUCUUCUAGCUGGAGGAUGGAAUUCAUCAACCUAAAUCUUUGAUAGUUCACAUAACCUCAUUGGCUGAGGUGUCACAUAUUCUCAAGAUGAGCAGCAAUUAUAGGUGGCUCAUGAAGAUCAUAUACAUCACAUAAUUUCUCUUUCAUACUGGUCGGUCUACCCUUAUUCUUCCAACUUGCAGAACCUGGUCUUUCUGGUUGCAUGUGAAGAUGAUAUAUAUAUAUACAUGUAAUAGUGAGUGGAUUAUCAUAUUGAUAUGGAAU